AAUUCUCAAACAUAUGAAAUCAUUCUCCUCCAACCAAGACAUCUGGGCUGAUGAAGAGCAGCUUUUAUCUGAAGAUGAGUGUUCUCCACAAAUCCCGAAGAUAACCAAACAAUUUUGAAAUACUUUGAAGAGCAAUAAAGGGAAGGCUAACAAAGCUGAUUUUGAAAUAGUAAAGGAGCAUACUUAUCAUUCUAAAAGAUCAUGUGAAAAAGAGGGCUUAAGAUUCCCUGCUACUUGUCUGUCUAAAUUCCUAUUCAAACUCAGCCAUCCCAGACACUCAAAAUCGAAAUCCCAAAAUUAUGGUUGAACUCCCUCGUUCUCUUCAUCCAGGAUGCAACCAACACAGCUGAGGAGGAUCCCUUCGAUUGACAUCCUCAAGAGUCUUAAGGCCUAGUUUGGCAAAGCCCAAGCUAGAGACAACGUAUUAAUUAAUUCUAA